AGCACGUGGGGAAAGUCCCGUUGGCAUGUCUAAAAUACUUUUACUCGCAAGUACCUGACAUUUUUGUUAAAAUAAAAUUUCCUUUCACAGAUAGUCGCGUUACAUUCUAGAAGCCAUGCUCGUUAGCAUCAUUUGAAGAUCUAUGUGGAAUACGUGCCAGGUCUUUCCUGAACAUGUAAGCAAAGGCAAUACUGUACAUAACUCUGGGUUUGUGUGACAUUUCGUGCUCAUAAUUUGUGGAUGUUUUUCAUCGUCAUCAAUCCCGUCCAGUACGCUGUCGCGCCGUGUUUUUGACGGCUCCCCGUGGCGUUGGGGUGAGUGGGCGGUUACUCGCCGCUGCGUGAUUCACAAACCUUAUUUGUUCCUACUACUUUGAGCGCCAUCUUGUUCGCAACUUCUAGCCACUAGUUUGCACUCAAGGGGGUGUCCACUCCGGUUACCCCGUUCUUGCCCUCCAUUGCGCGGGUAUCUCGCUCUCGCUUGCUUUCACCCUUCAACUUCUCACGCGUUCGCUUACAUUAUCCCGCAUCGCUUCUUUGUUUGCUUUUGGACUGGGAAUCUUUCCAAGCGGACAGAAAUGAGCAUCGAAACGCUUCUGGAAGCUGCCAGGUUUUUGGAAUUGCAAGCCCAGCAACAACAGAGAGCACGUGAGGAUGAACUGAAAGAGAAGCUGCGCCUGGAUCUGCUGACAGAGCAAAGACUCGCCGACGUGAACAAGUACAACUGCAGAGGCCACAUCAACAAUGUUUUUAAAGCAGAGGAGCUUAUCACUGAGCGGCCCCCGGCCUCCAUCCCGCCGUCCCUGCCUCGCCCCUCCAUGCCCAUCGCAGUCAUCCCCAUCCCGGUUGUCAAACCCAACCCCGCCGGCUCCCCUUCUCUCCCUGUGGCCUUGCUCUCCCACCCUGCUGCUCCCCCUGUAGCCUCCCCCAAAAGGGAGCCUCCUUCCCCUCAGGAACAAGGUGUCGUAGCUCCGCCGCGUUCCCCCCAACCCCAACCGCAUGACCCGAACCACAAACUGCCGCCGCAGAACCAUCAACAACACCCGACGCAGCUCCUCGCUCAAACCAACAGCACUCACACACAACAGCAGCAGACGCCCCAACAGCUCCUUCAGCGCUAUCCAAGUUCCAUCGUCUCACCCCCCCAUCCGCCUGCAGCGCACCCCCAGACCCUACAGCCAACCCCCUUGGUGAACGGCCCCAGCAGUCGGGCGAGUCCUCCUGAUGACGGGCGACUACUUGACCAAAAGAAACGACCCGGAGGGGCAGGUACCAGAGAAGUGCAUAACAAGCUCGAGAAAAACCGACGAGCCCACUUGAAGGAGUGCUUUGAGACCCUGAAAAAGAACAUCCCCAACAUCGAUGAAAAGAAAACCUCCAAUUUAAGUGUGCUGAGAAGUGCUCUGAGAUACAUCCAGACGCUGAAGCGCAAAGAGAAGGAGUACGAGCACGACAUGGAGCGCCUGGCCCGCGAGAAGAUCGCCACGCAGCAGCACUUGGAGGAGCUGAAGAACGAGCUGAGCCAGUGGAUGGACGUGGUGGAGAUUGAGCGCGUGCUGCGGCAGACGGCACAGCCCGAGGAGGAUCAAGCUUCCACUUCCACUGCCUCAGAAGGCGAAGAGGUGAUGGACGAGGACGAUGAGGACGAAGAAGUGAUGGCGCGACCUCCAAGCGAGUCGCCCGCUGCCCCUCAGGCCCACAAAAGCGAGAACCUCCACCUGACGCCCGUCACCGCCGCCCUCUCCUUGACUGUGACCGCCCCCACACCCUCCUUCAUCGCCCAUCAGGUGUCGGCGCUGCAGCCGCCGGCCAAGCCCCCUGUCCCCGGCGCGGCCCCCGCCGCUGGCCAGCCCACCUUACACCCAACCGUCAUCGCCCACGCAUCUGCCUCGCACCCGUCCGUCAUCCAAGCGGUCAACCAUGUCAUCCAGGCAGGUGGGCCAAAACACAUCGCCCAGCUGGCGCCGGGGCAGCCGCCCAUCGGCCACAUCACCGUGCACCCGGUGGCCCACCUGAGCCCCCACCUCCCUACCCUGUACCCUCAGCCAGUGGCUGUCACACAGCCCGCGUUGAUCAGCCACAUUGCGCACACGUUGGGCCACGUCAACGGGGCCGCUAACCCACCCCCACCUGGUGCCGCCAUCGUGGGCAAACAGACCGUAGUAGCCCACCACUCGCAGCUUGUGGGCCAGACUGUCCUCAACCCUGUCACCAUGGUGACCAUGCCCUCCUUUCCCAUCAGCACUCUGAAACUCGCCUGAAGCGGCUCAGCGACACCCCUCUGUACGUGAACAUCGCGCCGACCUCGAGGAGGGCUCAGUGGAUCCAGGUGUCGACAUAGGCACCCUCGCUUGUCACGUCUGCUGCUUCGAGUCAGGGACGGGAAGGGCCUGCUGGUUUGGACCAAUGGCAGGGCUCGACGUGACUCGACCCGCCAUAAGCAGCACGUUGAGAAUGGGAGUCAACUGAAGACCCGCCCCUCCGCCUGCAAACUCGUGCUCUUCUGCCACAUUCAAAUUGUGGACCGGAUUCGCUCUGGUGCAGCGCUGCAGUCCUCAGGGACUUGCAUCUGUGGCAAUACCGCCCCCUGCUGUCCCCUAAGGUUAGGUACCUUAAUUUAGCACACUCAUUGCUCUCCGGCUUUUGUGUUGGCUCAUUGUCCUGUCAGAUGUUUACACUAAACUAUUGUUUCCCCAACCUUGAUUGAGAUAUUUUACAUUUGAGCAACAAAUCUCGCUGCACACCACCAAACAAAUAUGUCACCAAAACAGCAUACGCAAGGUCAUUAUGUACCUUCACUCAUCAAGCGGAAGAGCAUUUAAAUCUCCUGCUUGUCACUGCAACGGAUAGUUCAAGACAUUUGUAGUUAAAUCAUUUUCCGAAAGAUUAUGUGAAAUUCGGAUAAUUUGUAGCAGAACGUCUGCUGAUCUCAUGACACACUGGUGCACUCAACAAUAAAAGAAGGCAGAGACCGGUUCAACCUUCCAAUUGGAUGUGAUUAUUAGAUUGGCUGUCUACUUUCAGUCAUGAAGCAAGACAUUUGAAUUGUAAAUAUGUCAUUUGGCGAAAAAAAAAAAAAGAUGGAAUAACCUGCCUGGACCACCUUUUGGAUUAAUUUGUUGUUCCUAGCACUGUGAAA